AGUACAGACGGUGGGCCCUACCGCAAGUUUUUCGUCGUCGUUCUCAACCUCACGUACAAACUUGUCAUUUCUACGUCCACCAUAGGGCAUACGCGAUUAACCUAAUUCUCUGAAAUCUAAGGCGUUAUUUGUUCGUUUAACGUUUCUCUGACAGCUCCUGUCAAACGGACCCUUCCUUUCCAACUGUUCGUCAAAUCUGUCAGCUAAACAGUCACCGUCUUCUAUUAUAUUUUCUCCGAGAAAAUAUUCUGUUUUAAUUCCUUCUGGUAUAUGAUUCAUUUCAACGCUUCCACGGUGAAAUAUUUCCAGAAAAGAAAUUCCGUUACGAUAUUGUGCAAGGAUAUUAGUGUAUAAGAAGUUGCAAGUACAGUCAAUUACAUAGUAUCAAGGCAUUGUGGAGACUUUGCACGAUUUAUAACUAAAGAAAAUCUUGGUAACUUACUAUAUUGUGUGAUAUAAAAACUAGAAACAAAAAUGUCAGUAUUGAAUCAAAGUGGAGAAGAUGCAGUGGAAUGUCCUUUGUGUAUGGAACCAUUGGAAGUGGAUGAUUUGAAUUUCUUUCCAUGUACUUGUGGAUAUCAAAUAUGUAGAUUUUGCUGGCAUAGAAUUCGUACAGAUGAAAAUGGUUUAUGCCCUGCUUGUCGGAAGGCCUAUUCUGAAAAUCCUGCUGAUUUUAAACCUCUCAGUAUGGAAGAAAUUGCAAGAUUAAAAGCAGAAAAGAGAUUAAAAGAUCAGCAACGUAAGCAAAGGGUUACAGAAAACCGUAAACAUCUAGCAAAUGUGAGAGUAGUACAAAAAAAUCUAGUAUUUGUAGUAGGGUUACCAUUGAGACUUGCGGAUGCUGAUAUAUUAAAACGGCAUGAAUAUUUUGGAAAAUUUGGCAAAAUUCACAAGGUUGUAAUAAAUCAAAGCACUUCCUAUGCAGGGUCUCAAGGUCCUAGUGCUUCAGCUUACGUUACUUAUCAGCGUCAAGAAGAUGCACUACGUGCUAUAGAGGCUGUGAAUAACGUUGUUAUGGAUGGACGGACAAUUAAAACGUCGCUAGGAACAACAAAGUAUUGUUCACAUUUUAUGCGUAAUCAGCCUUGUCCGAAACCAGAUUGUAUGUAUUUACAUGAUCUUGGGGACCAGGAGGCAUCAUUUACAAAAGAAGAGAUGCAUCAGGGCAAACAUCAAGAAUAUGAGCGUAAACUUGUGCAAUCGUUACAUGCGUCACAUGCGUCACAUGCGUCUGCACAACGGAAACCGACACCAUCACCAUCAGUGACAGGCAGUAUUGUUAGAGAGAAUGGAACUUCAAAUUCUCAAGCCAAAGAAGCUUGGCCAUCGUUACAGACUGGACAGACAAAUAGUUCACAAACAAAUUGUAAAGAAUUAUCACCGCCAUCACAAACAACAUCGCAGCAAAACAACAUGACAAACGGAAGUAGUACAACAAACCAGCAGAGUCAUGUAUCCUCUGGUAGUUCAACACAACAGAACAAUAAUAAUAAAGGUGAAAAUAUGAAUAUACGGAGAGGAAAAAGUAAUAGUGAAAGUAAAGCUCAAGCAGCACGGAAUAAACACAAAAAUUGUCAAAACAAAGAAAAACAUAGUACACGGACAACUUCCCGAUCAGAAUCUAGCUCUAUUGGUACACAAAAUAAUGUGCAAUCACAAAUUAAUGGACAAAAGGAUAUUAGAAAUUUUUCCUCCGAAUCGAAUAGUGAUGUACUACAGAAAUUGGGUAGUAAGUGUAAAUCGGAACAACAAUCACAACCGCAGCAGCCACCACCUCAACAACAAUCACAACAACAAUGUAAUAAAGGAUCUAAAUUAGUUCAGCAUCAACAGCAACAACAACAACAACAGCAGCAGCAAUCUCAAGAACUUAAAGUCAAUGGAAUAAUGCAGAACGGAGAACGUCGGCAUUCGGAUAGUGAAACAGAUCAACAACGUGAAGGUAGUACACCGGCUAGUACAAUUUCGAGUACGGAAGACCCGAAUGUGAAUCAUCAAGUGGAACAUUUAACAGAAUCAAGUGAGGAGAACAGUGUUGCUGCUAUUUUGGGUUCCUCUCCAGCUAGCACAAAUUCAUCACAAGGUGCCAAUCAACAGCCACCACCAGGACUACAUAAUGGGUCUCAAAUACAAUUCAAUCAUCGAUCGAUCUUUCAGACGGACAAUAAUAGUUUCUUCAAUUCAAACACUUUCCAGAAAAUCUCUACCACCACCUCAGUGCCACCUACUUCUUUGACAGCAAAUCCAACCUUGAAUUGGACAACCACAGGCUUAACUUCUAUUCCUGAUUCUUUGCCAAUUGUUCAAUCCAGUGAAGAUUGGCAAGCAGCUUUUGGUUUUCAACCUGAAACUUCACAAACAAAUCAUGUUGUACAAAAGUCCAGUCCUUCUAGUUCGCCAGGAGUGAAUUUCAAUUCUGAAGGUUUUGUAGAUGAAGAAGUUUAUGCUAAUCUACAGUAUACUACUCUAUCAGAACCUUCUGGUACUUUUACAUCAAGUUUGCUUGUUAAUUCUCCUGCAUCUAAAUUCAUGGCAGAUUUUCAACAAAACUCAUUGCAACAAAGGCUUGCUCUGCAGGCACAACAAAAUCAAGAAAACUGUGAAUAUAUAAAACAAAAUGGUCAUGCUACUAUGGAGGAAGUUAGGAACCAUAAAGAAUCUGGUUCAGAUAUAAAGCCUGAUGAUGAUCUAGGUUUUGAUCCUUUCCAUGAAACACAAAAAGCUUUGGCUGAACUUAUGGAAAAUGAAAUGCAAAUUCAACAACAAAGGUUUCAGCAGCAACAGCAGCAGCAGCAGCAGCAACAACAACAACAACAACAACAAAGAGAACGAGAAGAGCAAAAUAGGGUACAACAUCAACAGAAUAUUGCAAACCUCAGUCAACAACAUUUUCCACAGGUCGCCCAUAUAGCACAUUUGCAACAGCAGGCCCAACAUCUGCAGAAUCUACAAGUUAUUCAACAAUCGCAUUCCUUGCUGUCUCGUCUUCCACAAAAUUUAUUACAAAGUGGUACCCAAAGCCCUGCUCAGAGUACUGUGGCUGCUGCUAGUUUGGGACAACGUAGUCGCCUUCCACCACCAGGUUUCCCUGGUUCUACACCAAAUCACAUGAAUUCGUUUGGUCUUGGUAUACCGCGACCGGCUCCCACGAACAAUGCUCUUUCGGGAGCACAACCACCACAACAAAAUACCUAUCUUCCAAAUGGAAACCCUCUUCUGAAUUCACAAGGUAUUAGUAAAUGCGCGGGAGAUGCAGUGUAUACGCUUAAAGAUUGGUGUGAUAUUAAUAAUCAACAACAGCAACAACAGUUUCAUCAUCAAGCAUUACAUCAAAAAGGUGGAUGGAACAAUUUUGGACCUAUUGCAGACUGGACUUCGAUUGAUCCAGCUAUUGUUAGUUCUUCUAGGCCUCUUCCAUUCCAAACUACUAGUACAUGGCAAUUUCCACAUGUUCAUCCUACACACACUGUAUCACAUAAUGCGCAACAGGAACAACAGAAUGCACCAACUCAACAUUGGGCAAUGCAACCACCUCCAGGUUUUGCUGCACCAGUGACUACGGGACAACUAAGUAAUCAACAACCAAGCACAACUGCACAGCCGCACACUAAACUUAUCUCGGCAGGAUCGGAAAUUGAAAAUCUAUAAAUAAUUAUGCAUACACGAAGUGUACAAGUGACGUGAUAAAACAUCCAUGUGGGACAAGAUAUUAGCAAUGA